CGGGGCCGCGGCGGAGGGCCGGCUCCCGCGGCGAGCUGGUACCGUGGGCCCCGAAGCCGUGCUGGGACGUGUUCAUGCAGGGGGCGCACCGGCUGCUGGUGGCGAGCCGCGGCGGCACGGUGGGCCUGAGCAACCUGGGCAACACCUGCUUCAUGAACGCGGGGCUGCAGUGCCUGAGCCACCUGGAGCCGCUGAGCCUCUACUUCCUGUCCGGCAAGUACGCGGAGGCGGUGCGGCGCGGCCGCGGGCCCGCGGGCGCCGCGCACGGGGAGCUCGCCAGGUCCUUUGCGAAGCUGCAGGAGGAGCUCUGGCAGCGCAGCUCGGGCGCCUAUCCGCCGCGGCCCCUCCACACGACGCUGUCCAGGUUCGCGCCCCACCUCUUCGAGGACAUGCGCCAGCAGGACGUCCAGGAGUUCCUGGCCUUCCUGCUCGACGGGCUCCACGAGGACCUGAACCUGGUGCGGACGCCGCCGCGGGCCGCCUCGUCCAGGGCGAGGCCGCGCAGCGGCAGCAGGGGCCCAGCGGAGGGCGGCGGCGCCGCUGGCGCCGCCUCGAAGGGGCGGGAGGCGCGGGCCGCCGACUUGGCCUGGACGCGGCACCUCAGGCGCCACAGGUCGUUCCUGGUCGACCUCUUCCAGGGCCAGCUCCGGUCCCGGCUGGCGUGCUGCAGGUGCAAGAAGGAGUCGGACUCGUUCGAGCCCUGCCUGAUGAUCUCCGUGCCGCUCGCGGAGGGCAUGCGGAGCCUGGAGGACGCGCUCAGCCUGUAUGUCGCGGAGGAGACCCUCUCGGGCCAGGAGCAGUGGAGGUGCCCCCGCUGCCAGAGGCGGGUCAACGCCAGGAAGAAGAUCGACAUCUGGAAGCUGCCCCCCGUCCUCAUCCUCCACCUCAAGCGCUUCGCGUUCGAUCCGGCGAGGAAGGGGCUCCGGAAGAUCGAGGUGGAGCUGAAGUCCCCCCUCACGGUGGACCUGUCCAGGUUCGCCAGGGAUCCGGAGGGCCGCUCCCACCUGUACAGCAUCGUCGGCGUCGCCAACCACUCGGGGAACUGCGGCUCCGGGCACUACACCGCGACCUGCAAGCACCCCAUCACCGGCUCCUUCCACGUCUUCAACGACGACCACGUGGAGGAGCUCCGGGACGUCGAGAACGUGCUGACGAAGGACGCCUACGUCCUCUUCCUCGCCCGCGACGCCCAGGAGCUGCACGCGCACCUGCAGUCCGCCGCCGCAGGCCCCCGGGCCCCCGGCCCGCGCCCCGGCUCCACGCCGCCGGCGCCCGCGCCCGGGCGGCCUGCCGACCUCGAG